UGAUUAAGAGACGCAGAUCGUGUUUUACUUUAUUUUUGCCGCGUCGUCAUAAAUGAGGCAAAAUCCAGUAUCACGCCAUCGCCGUUACUUUUGCUCUUCGUCGCCGCAUCGGCCACGCGCUCUUGCUUCCACGCGCUCUGCAGCGCGAUCUGCGGCGAGCAGCAGUUGUUGAGUCGCUGCCCUAGCCGCGAACGCGUCGCAGUCGUAUUCCAAUCAGCUCAUUAAAAAACGUCGGUCAAAGAGCUCCAGUGCCAAAGUGAACCAAUUAUUGCAUUUCUUCCAAUUGUUAUUAAAGAAUAUAUUUUUUUUCGCGAAUUUUGGUAAACUAGUCAGAUAUGGAUCGUUCCCGUGUGCCUUUAUUUCCAAGUCCCUACCAGAGGAGGCCCUGGAUGGUUGAUAGCGGAGCUGCGGCGGCAAGUGGCUCGAAUGGCAUAAAAGGCAUUAUUGCCGGUGGUAUUACGGGCGGAAUUGAGAUCUGUAUCACCUACCCCACCGAGUACGUAAAGACGCAGCUGCAGCUGGACGAGAAGGGGGCCAAUAAACGAUAUAACGGCAUUGCCGAUUGUGUGAAGAAGACAGUGAAUCAACGUGGGUUUUUCGGACUUUAUCGUGGCCUCAGCGUCCUGCUUUACGGCAGCAUACCGAAGUCGGCAGCCAGGUUUGGCGCCUUUGAAUUCCUGCGCUCAAAAGCGGUUGAUUCACAGGGCUACCUGAGCAAUUCCGGGAAACUGCUGUGUGGUCUGGGCGCUGGCAUUUGUGAGGCUGUCGUUGCCGUGACGCCCAUGGAAACGAUCAAGGUGAAGUUCAUCAAUGAUCAGCGCAGUGCAAAUCCCAAGUUCAAAGGCUUCGCCCAUGGCGUCAGCGAGAUAGUUAAAGCGGAGGGCAUCGGUGGCAUUUACAAGGGUCUUUCGGCAACGAUAUUGAAGCAGGGUUCCAACCAAGCCAUUCGCUUCUUUGUCAUGGAAUCUCUGAAGGAGCUAUACAAGGGCGAUGAUCCAAAGAAACCAGUACCCAAGUUGUUGGUGGGCACGUUUGGUGCCAUUGCUGGCGCCGCCUCUGUAUUUGGCAAUACGCCCUUGGAUGUGGUCAAGACACGUAUGCAGGGCCUUGAAGCGUCCAAGUACAAAAAUACGGCGGAUUGUGCAAUGCAAAUAUUCCGCAAUGAGGGUGCUGCGGCGUUCUACAAGGGCACAGUGCCACGACUCGGCCGUGUGUGCCUGGAUGUCGCCAUCACGUUUAUGAUCUACGAUUCAUUUAUGGAGGUAUUCAACUCUAUUUGGAAAGAUUAGAUGUAGAAGUAAUGUUUAGUUAUGGUCAAACAUUAAUUUGGUAUAGUUUUCAUUUAUUCAAUGAACAUUUUUGCUGCAGACGUGAGAAGCGUAUAUAUUAAAAAUUUUAAGCCAGAAGGAUUUCGCAACGAAUUGUAAAUAGAAAAUAAAACGCGACGUAUUGUGUGGAGCUCUUA